AUGGACAGGGAACAAGAGGAGGUACAGUUUCUGGGGUUCUUUGGCAUCAUAAAAGAAUCUGCCAAUAUAAUCAUCUCACGGAGAAAAAUUUUCGCCCAGAUAACCCUAGCUCUUGUUCUUCCUCUCUCCCUCAUCUUCUUAGGCCACAUUGUAAUUUCUGAGUCUAUGUAUGGAGAGAUCUUCAUCAAUGAAAUCAGGUUGCUCCACACCCAAAUGGGGACUCCUAGAUAUAACAAGCUAUACGACAUCCUUGCAUCCGGAUACACUGCCUUUUUCACCUUCACAAUUGUCUACUACAUCAUCCUCCUCAUCUUUUCCCUCCUUUCUACAUCUGCAGUAGUUUAUACCAUAGCAUGUAUUUACACAGGCAAAGAAAUCAACUUCAGGAAGGUGAUGAGAGUGGUACCUAAGGUUUGGAAGAGACUCAUGCUCACUUUUGUAUGGAGCUCUGUCAUUAUAUGCGUUUACAACUUCAUUGCUGUGCUAAUGUUGGCCUUCUGCACAACUUUUUUUUAUGAUAUUGCAAGGAUGGUCUUUUUUGUUUUCUUCAUCUUCUAUCUAUUGGGGUUAAUAUACAUAAGCACUGUUUGGCAUUUGGCAAACGUAGUUUCGGUAAUGGAAGAUUGUCAAGGGCUUCACGCCAUGAUCAAGAGCAAGAAAUUGGUUGACGGUAAGACAAUGGUUGCUGCAACUUUCUAUACAAUGUUCAGUCUCUCUUUGAUCUCGAUUCAGGAGGCAAUGGCCGUGAUUUGCGCAGAUGGGGUACCGGUGCCUCCAAGUAGUAAACUAGGUUAUGAAUUUCUCUGCUGCUUGAUACUAGUAGUGUUGUUUUCAUGUGGACUUGUCAUCCAAACAAUCAUUUAUUUUGUCUGCAAAUCAUAUCACCAAGAGAGUAUCGACAAGUCCACCUUGGCAGAUCAUCUUGAGGUGUACAUUGGGGAGGAGUACGAGCCUCUGAAGCACACGGAUAUUCACUUAGAACAAUUUCAUGUCUGA